AUGUGUAAGUGUGUGUGUGUGUGGAUUGUGUUUGCUUGUGGAGUGUUUGUUUUGAAGUCCUUCAUCGUUCUGGUACUGAACCUCGUGGCCCUGUUGGCCCAGAUCUCCGUAGGGGGUCUUUUGACGUGGAACCUGUACAGGGCGCCAAACUCCGACCCCAUCAUGUAUUGCUCUGUUGUCCCAUGCCUCUUCUGCCUUUCUUUGAAAUGGUGGGAGAACUACAGUGGAGACGACCGAGCCCCGUUCGCCAACGUCCACUUCCUUUCCAACCUGGCCAGCGACAUCAAAAGGUCAAGGACGAAAAUUCAACUGUGCACCAGCCUCGUUAAGAUAAUGACCACAUUCGCCACCCUAGUGCUGAGCGCCUGGCUGCAGAUGGAUAAGAUAUCUCCGAGUGGUCGCUACGAGUGGAAAAACUGCAAGAGCCAGGUGUAUCCGGAAACGGAUAUUACAGCCCUACAGGAGUUGAACAAUAACCUCGUACCUACCUUAGGGUCUGCCUGGAUCCACAUGUUCCUUCUUAAUGUCGCCAGUGGCAUCAUUGUCUACUUCAUGUCAACUGUGGCCGCAAAGAUUCAAAUUCAGCAG